AUGGUCUCUGCUAAAUCAGUCCUGUGUGCUCUGUCGAUUCAGGUGAUCGCCGUUACAGCGGCUCCACUGGCCAGUGCAAAUCCCGAAACUGCCCUCAUAGCGCAGGCUUCCGUCCACAUGUGCGAGCACAUUCGCUGGACAGGAGCGUGCCGAAACCAGCUUGUGCCACUAGACAGUUGCAGAAACGUUCCUGCAGCAUGGAACGACCGCAUCAGUUCCAUCCGAAAUGAUAGCAGGUUGGAUUACAAAUGCACCUGGUAUAUACACUCGAACUGUCGAGGAGCAUCUUACAGCAACCAAAACGACGCCAACUUGAGGGACGGGAACGGCCGCUUCAACGACUCCAUCAGCAGCUUUUCUUGCAAAAGGAGAUAA